CUCGCUGUAACCCCUGGCCGCAGGCGACCUUCGUUUCCACAAUCGCUAUCUGUUUCCACCACAGCUUCCUUCCUUCGAGAAAGAAGUCAGUCGUUUUUGGGACAGAAUAACCAUUCUUCCAUUUCCUACCUUCGUAUAAAAGAGAAAGCAAAAAAAGUAUUCUGCACAUCCGGCCAGCAAACCGCUCGGCUCCGCUAUCACCCGUCUUCACCCUCCCUUUGAGUAAGACAAUCUAGCCGUGCUUCGAACUCGAGCAACUUGCCCGAACAUAGGACCGGUGAAGGACUGCUUGUUCGCCACUCUUUCUUCUCGACGGCUCCUUGGAAUAUGGCCGCGCUGGUUCAAACGUAUCCCCAGCAGACCACCACUGUUACCACUCUCCAGUCGAGACCCUCAGGCAACAUGGUCCCAACACAGGCCCAGGCGAACCAGCAAUACAUGGCUGCUCAACAAUCGCAGAGGAACUUUUCAGGUUCCGCCGUGUAUCGCGGUAGUAAUGCCCCAAUCCAGCCCUACGCUUUCACCAGCACCCCGAGUUUGAACACCAACAACCAGUGGCAGCAAUAUGGCAACGGAUACCGCACGGCAUCUUCACCUGCGGUACCGACGCAAGGCGCGCGUCACGGAGGAAGCUCUUCAGUAUCAAACGUUGGCUACAAUCACGGUAUGGGAACGAGCAAAGGAGGUUCGAGGGACGAUUCGGGCAUUCCUGCUGCUCGCACAAAUUCACAGGCCCCGAGGCCACAGUCGGCGUAUUUGGCAGGCAACACGACACAGCAAAUGACAUUCGCUCAGACCGCUGGGACUAAGACGACGCCUGAUAGGUACCGGCGCCCGGCUCUCCAGCAACAACAACCUCGCCAGACUAGCGCCCCGUCAGGCUCAGGCAUGGCGACUGUUAGUCAUUUGUACAAUGAUGAGCAAAAGAACGCGUCAGUGCGAAGCCGGAACCCGUCCUUCCAGAGCAGACCAAACAGUUAUUAUGGUGCGGUUGAUGACAUGCAAAUAAGUCAACAACAAAGUGCAGAAGACAGCAAGCGACUCAGGCGGCGCAGCAUGCACUCGCUUGAUUCUGCCGAUUAUCCCAAGCCGCUAACCCCACAGGAAUUCUCUCACCCGGAAGAUUCCUCCCGUUCCGAUCGCGUGCCAACUCCCAAAAACAGCGAAAAGACACUUCGCAUCGUCUCCAGUCUUGCACCUCCCGCCGACAACAACAUGCAUGUCCGCAAUGGCAGCGCUGAAAGCCUCGCAUCGAGCCGCAGCAGCCAUUCCAGACCAUCUUCGUCUGCCAACCGCAGCGUACCCACCCCCACGGGCAACCCCUCUUCCUCUUCAACUCCUUCACACUUGGAUGAUGGCUCUUCAAAGCAAGAUUAUCCUAAACUCGUGAAUAUUCCUCCACGUAGCUCAUCGUCAGAUGCGGCCAAGAGGCAGUCUACUCCCUCUCCUCUCUCAAAGCCGGUGACCAUGGCGACCGACUCGAGUCCCCAAAAACCACCUUCCUCUCUGGGCAAUGCUCCGCAACAGGUCUUGUCUCAGAGCACGACUGCGUCCAACAGCAACAACGCUAGCAGCCCCGCAGCCCAGCAUUUGGCUGCGAUUAACCAGAAGAGUACAAAAUCCAAGAGCAAGACAUCGCGGUUGCGCAGAGCCUUCUCAUUUGGCAGCGCGGCCGAUUUCAAAAAGGCCGCCGGUCCCGAACCUACUAUCGACGAAAAUAGUGUGUCUGAUCCGACCAGAUUGCACAAGGAGCCGACAGCGGCCGAAAUCUACGAUGCAGAACAGGCCGCCAUCGCGAAGAAGCAGGAGGAAGGGGGCAUCGGGAACAAUAUCUAUGGCGGAAGGCUAUUCUCCAGCUCCACCGACAACCUCUCCAUUUCGUCCACCGCAUCGUCUGCCUCAAUCAUGAUCCGUAAGAUGGGUCGUGGCAUGAAGAAGAGCACUCGUAACCUCGUCGGCCUCUUCCGGCCAAAGUCCGUCAUUGGCGUCCCGGCAGCAGAUGCGCUGACCCCAGAAGCCAGCCAGGCUGCCGUGUCGAUGGUUACCGUUGAAGCCGAGAGAGUCAAUGUCAACGCUGAUCCUCAUGCACAGAACGGCGGUGGCACUGGGUUUCCUCAUCUGGAACGCAACUCCUUGGAUAUUUCGAAUACCCCUAGCAUGGUUUCGGAGCGUGCUGGAAGUUCAGGUACCGAUAGCGCGAGGCGAAAGAGCAUUGUCGAUGGUGACAAGGAGCGUGCCGAGGUGCUUGCUGCUGUCAGGAAAGGCAUUCUAAAGCACAACAGAUCAGGCAGCCCUGCUCGUGACCCGCGAUCCAACUUCGAGUUGCCCGCAAUCCCGAACGUCGCCGAUUCUCCCAUCUCAACCGCACCUAGCACGCCAAAUGACGAGGCUCAGGGCCAUAAGCGUUCCGGAUCUGUAGCCAUCGGUAACGAAGACUACUUCAUGACUGCCUUGAGGCUUCGCCAGGACACCAAGAGUGCCCCAGGAACGCCUUCGGGCUCCGCCAAGAGGAACGCAACUUUCUCGCCAAGAAUUGUCUUCCACGACACUUGGCCCAGCGGCGAAUAUGAUCGUAGGGGCGAAAUUGCUACCUGCAAUCGCCUGACGCCGAUGCUUGCCCAGCAGAUCAAGGAGGAGCUCAACACAUUCAAGAUGGUACGUGCUGAUCUUGACAUCACAGAUUGAUGCAUCGCUAACUGCUCACAGGAAAUGGAAGUUCACGAAAACUCCAAGAUUUACACACACUUCUUCUAACGACGGCUACGCCUGCAAGACGGAAUCUCACCACUUUUGCUUCUUGAUGACGGGCACCAACCCCUCAAUCAUGUAUUUGAACUACAUUUACCAUUCGACGGCGUUAGGAACAGCAUCGUACGGUGUCAGGGCGUUUACUAUCGUCACUCGACAGCAUUUUUCUUGCCUGACUGAGAAGCCUUGCCCGGCCGCCCUUUAUCAAUUAAUUCUUUUUUUCUCUUUUUUAACUAUUUCCACAAGGGGUUGGAGGUAUACGAAGACGGCGGCCGGACGGGACAGCCUUG